AUGAAUUUCAAGUCUAUCCUUACUUUUGGCGUCGGAGUUCCAAUUGGAGUACUUGGAACUCUCAUGUGCGUUCUAAAGAGAGUUCUUUCAAAAACUGCAAAGCAAUACAAACAAAUCGCUGAUGGACGUCAGGCCGAUUUCCAAACAAAGAAGCUCAAAAUAUUAGAUUUCAAUGCAUUUUGGAGACCACAAUUACUCCAUCUUUUCAAAGAAGAAUAUAUGAGAGAUAGAUCUAAAAUUUUAUUAGAAAGAAUUUCCGAAUACGAUGUUGUUUGUCUUCAAGAAGGUUUUCAAUUCGGAUCUGAUAUUUCUAAGAACUUUAUAGAAGCUGCUAAUGCUCUCGGUUUCAAAUACGUUUUAACAUCAAAGCUUCCACCUCUCUUGAAUCAUCAAGUUAUCGAUAGUGGUCUUGUAAUUAUAUCCAAAUUCCCAAUACUCGAAUCAGACUGCGUCAGAUACACAGCAGGCUGCGGAUUUGAUGCUUUUGCUGCCAAAGGAGCACUUUAUGCUAAAAUCCAACUUGAUGAGAAGAACCAUGUCCAUUUGUUCAGUACACAUCUUCAAGCCUCUUACCAAUACGGAAAAGAUCCAACUGAUGUUGAUGUGAAAGUUCGCCAGUCCCAAUUUGAUGAAUUAAGUGCAUUAAUGGCUCAAAAGGUUACAGAUGGUUAUCCGGCCAUUGUUGUUGGCGACUUAAACGUCAAUGCCCGUUUCGGAGAUGAAUACUUAAAUCUCCUCAAGCAUUUCACAAUUCCAAACUACGAAUCAGUUGAUACCCUCCUUAAGGACUAUGGCGAGCAUCCAAUCACAUUUGGAAACAUGGAAGAUGUCACAUUAACUGAACCUUAUUUCCAGAAGACUGUUCAGUCAAUUGACUACAUUUUCUUAUUCGAAAAAGAACAAUCUCCACUCAAAGUUGAGUACAAAUCAAAAGUUAAUGAAAUGAGAGUUCAAAACCAACCAUACGGUUUCUUAUCUGAUCAUUUCGCAGUUGAAAGUGAGUUUACUUUUACACAGUAA